CCUUGAUUUUUGUAUGCAAAAAUCAUCCUCUCGACUACCGCUCUUAACAAAACCAGAGGACAGAGCUUGUACUCCCAAGUCGUCUAAUGCUUUCCUCGGGGACGACCUGGCGGACAACACCCCACCCCAUCUGCUCUGCGAUUUCUGAUUCACUGAUGUCUAUCAUUGCAACCUUUACCUACCUAGUUCUUCUCUCACCAUUAUCUCACAACGGAGAGCCUCGAAGCAGGUGGUUACGAUAUCCCUUGGAACAGGAAGUAGCUGAUCAUGCGUUUGCGACGUUACCAGGAAUUCAGAGUGAAAGGGUGAAACACGGGUAACCUUAUUGUUCCUCUGCUUUACUCCGUGCCCGGCCCGGGGGACGGGACCGUCGCACAGGGCUCAUGUUGUCGACAUCUGGGACUGGCAUCCUAUUACAGUAGUCAGAUAGCAGCUGCAGGCUGGUUUAUAUGGUCGAG